AUGUCGUUUUGUAAAAUCUCACAUGCUAUAUAUCCAAGAGAUUUCACCGAUGACUUAAAGACUACAGGUAAAAGUUUUAAAAAUUGGAAUUCAUGUAUGAAUGAUAAAGCCUGUAAGAUUAUUGCCAUUGUUGGGAUUGUACUUGCUGUAAUAGUUGGAUUAUGGCUUAUUGGUGGUCUUUUGACUUGUUUUAGACAAGGUGUAACCGGUAUUGCCGAGUUUUGUUGUUGGUGUUGUCAUUGUAAUAACAAUAGAAACAAUAAUAAUUCAAACAUGAUGAUGAAUAAUAAUGGAUAUGCUCCGGCAGGCAUGCAAAAUAAUAAUGGAUAUCAAUCUGCACCUGAUAUUGUAUAUCAACCUAUUAGAUAUCCUGAAUCUGCUUAUUAUGGUAAUACAAAUAAUGAUCAAGAUUUAUAUUAUGAUGAAGGUAACCCUAAUGGUAAAAAUAAGAAAGAUAGUGAAGUGUUUGAAAUGGAACAAGAUUUCGAUCUCGAGGACCAGAGAAAGAAGAGUCUUAAGAGACAAAAUAAGAAUGUAGUUUAUGACUUGGAUUCGGAGGAUCCCGUUAGAGAUUCUUUCGUCAAUAAUGCAGGAUCUAAUACAUAUCUAAAUGGUAAUUACUCUACUUCUGCAACACAUUUGAAUAAUAGUCCAAUUAGAUCAAAUAAUAAUGAUUACAGUAAUAGCGAUGUCAAUGUUGGUCAAUCUAGACCGUACCCUGAAGACUCCUAUUUCCAAUCAAGUCCGUACAAUAAUAGCAACAAUAAUUCUAAUGGUCAUAAUGCGGGAUAUUACUAUUAA